AUGGGUGGAGUGAGGUGGAAGGGUGGGGUGGAGGGUGAGGUGGAAGUGGAGGGGUCCCCGUGGUGGAAGAGGUGCCAGGGACCAACUGGAAAGCCAGGUGCUAAGGGAACAUCAGGGACCUCAAGGACCCCAGGGGCCAGCCGGCUUCCCAGGACUAAGGGCCCUAAUGGCCCCCCGGGUAAAGACGGACUGCCUGGUCACCCUGGGCAGAGAGGAGAGACAGGUUUCCAGGGAAAGACUGGCCCACCUGGGCCUGGAGGUGUUGUCGGACCCCAGGGACCAACGGGAGAGACCGGCGGCAUCGGAGAGAGAGGACACCCUGGUUCCCCUGGACCCCCCGGAGAGCAAGGUUUACCUGGAUCUGCUGGGAAAGAAGGAGGAAAGGGUGACCCAGGUCCUAUGGGUACAUCUGGAAAGGUUGGCCCGGCCGGACUCAGGGGCUUCCCAGGGCAGAGAGGUCUUCCUGGGGCUAACGGUCCAGCUGGUUUGAAGGGAGGCGAAGGACCACAGGGUGCCAAGGUCCCAACGGUUCUCCAGGAGAGAGAGGUGCUGCCGGUCCCGGAGGUGCCAUCGGUCUUUCAGGACGCACCGGACCUCAAGGAGGUCCUGGACCAGCCGGAGAGAAGGGAGGCCCGGGAGAGAAAGGCCCCGUGGGACCGGCUGGUCGUGACGGUAUCCAAGGUCCUGUUGGUCUUCCUGGCCCUGCAGGCCCCCAAGGCCCCCCUGGAGAGGACGGAGACAAGGGAGAGGUUGGUGAGCCUGGCCAGAAGGGAAGCAAAGCAGACAAGGGUGAACAGGUGAGUUCUCAU